UCCAUUCCAUACCCAUCCAUCCGCAUCCAUCCUCGAUCCAGCGCCCGCCCCCUCACGACACCCGCACCCCUCCCUACUCCGAGCCUCGCUCGAACCAUUCCACACGCGCACGCACACGUACACCAAUCGCAAUCGACUCGCGCGCCUGCACGUUCGCUUCCCGCUCCACAAAUCAAGAGCCAAGCACCACACUGGUUCCCGGCCAUCUCAUUCCAUUCAUCCAUCCAUCGCGCGCCUCCAGCAGCCUGCCCGCCCGCCCGUAUGUGCCUGCUGCUCUCUGGUAGUACCAGCGGACCAACCAGCAUGAGCAGGAUCCACCCUUCCGAUCGCGGCGACGGCGCCCGCCGCGCGGCGCGGACGGCGGCGGAGCGGCAGCAGCAGCUGCCGGCGGUGUACACGGUGUGGAAGAGGUCCAGCAUGGGGUUCCAGGGCACCGACGGCUUCUCCGUCUACGACGCCGCCGGGAGGCUCGCCUUCCGCGUCGACAACUACGCCCGCCGCCCCAAGGCCUUCGCCGGCGAGCUGCUGCUCAUGGACGGCCGCGGCGCCCCUCUCCUCUCCCUCAGGCCGCAGAUCUUUAGCCUGCACGACCGAUGGAACUGCUACAGAGUUGCACCGGGAGAAGAAAGCUGCCCGGACACGGACAGGAGCUCCUCCGCGCAGCAGCUCUUCUCCAUGCUGAAGUGCGCCGCUCUGCAGAGCACGGACGACGCAGAGGUCCACAUGUCGUCGGCCUCGACGGCGACGACGUCAGGGCGCGGCUGCCGGGCUCCGCCCUCCCCUCCUCCCGGCUACCGCGUGGAGGGCUGCUUCUCCAGGAGGAGCUGCAAGAUCACCAGGAGCGACGGCCAGGAGGCGGCACGGAUACUGAGGAAGAAAGCCGGUGGACCUACGGCGUCGGCAGCGGCGCCGCCCAGGCCCGUCGCUCUCGGCGACGACGUGUUCAGCCUGGUCGUUCGGCCGGGCGUGGACGCCGCCACGGUCAUGGCUAUUGUCGUUGUCAUGGACCGGAUCUGCCGGAAGCCCUACGCACCAAUGGCGUGCUCUUCACAGUAACCAAUAGCUACUGUACUAGACGGUGCGCCCACGUCAGUCAAGAGUUUUCGUCCUUUCGUUGGAUGAAUCGGAGAACUGCGGCGUUGCAUGAACGCCGCCCCACUUCCUGAAGACAUUGUGAUGUCGAAGAGCUGUUCUUUAUCAGUUUUAUUAGUGUGAUUUUUAGUCAUUUGUACGGGUUGUAAAAUAGCGGUAGCAUUACCGUCAUGCCUCAAAGUGGCAUUUGCUGUCAUUUUGUAAGCUGAUUUGAGCAUCAAGUAUCAUGAAAAUCGCUUCGAUAAAA